AUGGGACUUCAAGCUCCGACUGGUCUAUUGUCCCGGGAUGGGCAUGAGGCAGCUCUCAGGUCACUCGCACUCGCAGGUGUGCUCCGUGAGCAGGGGCGACUACAGGCUCUCGCUGAGGAGGAUCACAACGAAUCGAAUGGACCAGCUUUCAUGCCAUUCCCUGUAAAUGAUGAUACCGGUCGCGCAACCGCGUUAGGACAUGCCCUCGACGCAGAUCUAUACGGCGAUUACGAGAACUCAUAUCGGCUCAUUGGAGACGGCAGUGGUAUCCCCCUGACGCACGGAAGGCGACCCCAUUGGUUCGGGUGA